UCCUUUCAGUUUCACUUUAAUGCAUGACUUGCUCGCUUCUCCCAGCCUCCCGCGCCGCUUUGGAACUCGUCUCCCAGGUUUUGGGGUUCGGCUGACCGGUGUUGCAACCUCGAAAUCUUGACUCAGACUUCUGGCGGUGCAGGAUUCAACACCAUGGCUACUUUGGAAGUUUCCCCCGCGUGUGAAGCGAAGGUAAACUCCUUCAAGAAGGACCUCUGUGCCCAGGCUGAAGAGCUUGUCGCCCGCCGCUUUCCAGAAAAAAUUGCAGAGCUGAACAAUUUUCUGAAGGCCCCCGAAUUGAAUGUCUCGGACCUAAUUUCGCUCCGUGCUGAGUUAGACAUCCCGGUGCCUGACCCUAAGAAAGACGAGGAGCGUCGCAAACAACGUGAAAAAGAAGAGAAGGAUUCCAAAAAAGAAGAGACAGAUUCUAAGAAGAAAGAGGAUGAGGAUAAAGCUCCGCCAUGUGGCCCUGUUUGCCACAACGACAAAAUCACGGUCCUGCUGAAUCGUGUGAAGCCUGAGAUCCAGGGCACGAAGGAGAAACUGAACGUGAUCUCUCUGUGGUUACAACUCCUGGUGCCACGAAUUGAAGACGGCAAUAACUUUGGGGUUGCAGUCCAGGAAAAAGUGUAUGAGUUCCUGACCUCGUCUCGAACAAAGCUGGAAGCAUUUCAAACUCAAAUCUCCAAGUAUUAUUCCGAACGCGGGGAUGCAGUGUCAAAAGCGGCGAAGAGUCCACACGUGGGAGACUACCGCCAACUCGUACACGAAAUUGACGAGGCGGAGUACGCCGAAAUCCGAUUCAUGGUCCACGAACUUAGGAACAUUUACGCUGUAGUCUAUGACGUCGUCCUGAAGAACUUUGAGAAGAUUAAGAAGCCCCGAGAUGAAAACAAGGGAAUGAUCUAUUAAGUGAAACCUCGUGGAUCAGGGUUGAAGAAAGAGCCUCCUCUCUCAAGUGCUGGGAUAUCCUGCCUCCUCCUCCUCCUCCUCCUCCUCCUCGUGACAAUCAGUUCCAUCCCCCCUCCCCCACAUUUGAAAUAAAGAGAUUUAAAAAUUUGACAA